AUUUAUUGAAGCCCCCAACCCAUUUUCCCUGUUACACUCACACACGCACGCUCACACUUUUUAUUUGCCAUAAUGAACCGUCCAGCCCCUGUGGAGAUCUCUUACAAGAACAUGCAUUUUCUGAUAACUCACAACCCCACCAACGCUACUCUCAACAAGUUCACAGAGGAACUUAAGAAGUAUGGAGUGACAACUUUGGUUCGAGUUUGUGAUGCUACAUAUGACAAAGCUCCAGUUGAAAAAGAAGGAAUCCACGUUCUAGAUUGGCCAUUUGAUGAUGUAGCUCCACCCUCUAAUCAAAUAGUAGAUGAUUGGCUAAAUCUGUUAAAAACCAAAUUUCGUGAAGAGCCAGGUUGCUGUGUUGCAGUGCAUUGUGUGGCAGGAUUGGGAAGGGCUCCUGUGCUAGUGGCACUUGCAUUGACUGAAUGUGGAAUGAAGUAUGAAGAUGCUGUUCAGUUUAUGAGACAAAAAAGAAGGGGAGCAUUCAAUUCCAAACAGCUGCUUUACUUGGAGAAAUAUCGACCUAAGAUGCGAUUACGCUUCAGAGAUACCAAUGGGCAUUGCUGUGUUCAGUAGAAGUAGAGGAAGGCUUACUGGAUCGUGGCAUUAGAGGGAACUCUUGGUACCUGGAAAUGUGAAUCUGGAAUCUUACCUGUGUCAUCAAAGUAGUGAUGAAUUCAGUACUCCUCGACUCCUAAUGAUUGAGAAGAAAGCAAACGAUAAAUCCCUCUAUAACACGAAUAAAAUGUUUAAGAAAAGAAAAAAAAAAA